AUGAGCAGCUUGUCCAAUCGCGCCAAAUUCAGACAAAUCCAACCACCACGACAGAUAUUUGAAAAGCUUGAACGUCUUGGCUUUGGGUCCUUGCGACGCACAAAACGAUAUGAAGGUGUUGUACGCACGUUGCAAAAACCAGAAGGUCCUCCUGACCCAGAGAUUAAAUUUCCUUUAACAUCGUUCUUUGCCGGUGCCAAAACGCCUGCAUCGUUUCCACCUGAAGAUUUACCCGAGGUUGCUGUGGUAGGACGUUCCAAUGUAGGAAAAUCAAGCUUGCUCAAUCGUCUCGCAUCUUCAACGGUGGUCCGUGUAUCAGACAAACCAGGAUUGACACAACAAAUCAACUUUUUCUCUGUGGGUCGCCUCUUCUUCAUGGUCGAUAUGCCUGGAUAUGGUUUUGCACUCGUAGAUGAAAAGGAACGACAAGCAUGGCGUCAAUUGAUGGAAGAUUACAUCUCAAGCCGUAAAAUUCUGAAACGAGUCUAUGUGGUGAUUGAUGCUCGUCAUGGCCUUAAAAUAGCAGAUCUCGAUUUCCUCCAAAUGCUGAAUAGCAAACGAGUGCGAUUUCAAAUCGUGUUGACCAAAUGUGAUAUCCCGGUGCUUCCAGAUCUUGCACGUCGCGUUACCAUGGUUCAAAAGGACAUAGCGCAAUACCGCAAUGCCAUCAAGGAUGUAUUGGUGGUGAGUUCCAAGACAGGGGCCGGCAUCAAUUUCAUGCGCAAGGAGAUGCUCUUUCUUGUGGGGCAUUUACGAUCCGACAAAGUACAAAGAAUUCCCAUGUGA